AUGACUCUUCCACGGACCGGGGCACAGUGAUAGCUAGGUGGGGGCACAUCUGCUGCACGACAGUCUUGUCCCGAUGACGUUGGCCGCUGAUCUGACGAUAUUCACUUGCUAGCUAUGCGUUUAAAAGGUAACGCGAUACAAUCUGUAGAUUAAAUAGCGAAAUUCUAUUCUAUGGAUGACACAAAAUACAAUUUAUUUAUUGUUCUUCGCUAUAGGUGCUAGCUAGCAGUGGGAGGCUGUCAAGCCAGCAAUGUCAACCGGUGUUAGUUAGCCUGCUAGCCCUGGACUUCACUGUACUCAGCCACAGUGAUUGAAUAAUGAUAACAUUUGCUUUCCGGGGAUGAAACAAAGUGUCUAGCUAGCUAACGUUGGCUAUAUCUUGUGGGAAGAUUUUGGCCAAACCUCACAUACAAUAGCCUAUCACAUACAAUAGCCUAGUUUAAAGCCUACUAGUAGCUAGCUAACUGGUAAUGAUGACAGCUGACAUGGGCUUCGUCCAUGGGCCGUUCCACUGAAUCGUCUAGCUGAACUGUCGGCACCGUUGUAACGUUAGGCAAGCUGGUCCACGAGUGGUUACAUUGUAGCUAGCGUGUGACUGGAUAGCUAUGCAAAAUUCUUAUAACUGGCUGUCACAUUAUUUUCGGGCUGUGCGUUAUUGCCGAGCCCUGCCUUGUGGUAUUGAUUCGUAUAAUGAGUGAUCAUUAUGUAAAAGUGAAGGUUCAACUCGAACAAAUGAAAUCAUCAGGCGAGGUUGUGGAGAAGGAGGAGGCAGAUAUUAUCGAGGAUGAGGUGCCGGUGGCAUCCCCGCCCGCAUCUGUCUCCCCAAUCCCGGCUAGUGGUACUCCCGUAGCCCAAAGGGAAACAUCCAAGACCUCUGUCACUUGCAGGAAUCGGAGUAAAAGUAGGAGCAAACUAGGCAAAGAUGAAAAGAACACCUGCGCAAAGCAGGAGUCAGACCCAGCACUGCAAGGGACUAUAGUAGCUUCCAAUGCCAAUUCGGGGAAACCCAUGAAUCGAAUAGACAAUGACCGGCAGAUGCUUCAAAUCAAAGGGACUGGGAAGAUUCUGCAGGGGAAGACUGAAGCGAAUGGUAACACUGUUCCCAUCCAACCGCCAAAAGACAUCAAAGUAAGCCCACACAACAAAGAGGAUGCAAACAAAGUUGCAAAGAGGAGGAAGCCAGUCACCGUGGACACGUUAAAAGCCAAAACCUCUUUGGAGGCACUGAAGCUCAGCAUCAGGCAGCUCAAAUGGAAAGAGUUCCCUAUGGGCAGGCGGUCUGCCUGUGACAUCUACUGGCAUGGAGUCUCUUUCCAUGACAAUGACAACAUCAUCUCUGGACAGGUCAACAAGUUCCCAGGUAUGAUUGAGAUGCUGAGGAAGAUCAACCUGACCCGAGCUGUGAGGACUAUGCAGGAGCUGUUCCCUGAGGAGUACAACUUCUACCCCCGCUCCUGGAUCCUGCCCGAGGAGUACCAGCUCUUCUCCGCACAGAUCAGUCUGGCCAAGGACAGUGAUGCGUCCCUGAAGCCCACCUUCAUCAUCAAGCCGGAUGGAGGGUCCCAGGGGGACGGCAUCUACCUCAUCCGUGACCCCAGCGACCUCCGGGUCAUAGCGGGGUCACAUACCAAGCAGUCCGUGGUCCAGGAAUACAUCCACAAGCCCCUGCUCAUCGACAAGCUCAAGUUCGACAUCCGUCUCUACGUGCUGGUCAAGUCCCUGGAGCCUCUGGAGAUCUAUAUCGCUAAAGAGGGGCUGUCGCGUUUCUGCACCGAGCCAUACCAGGAGCCUAGUCAGAAGAACCUGAGCCAUGUGUUCAUGCACCUGACCAACUACUCCCUCAACGUCCAGAGCGGGAACUUCGUCCACUCAGACAGCCUGUCGUCGGGCAGCAAGCGCACCUUCUCCAGCGUGCUCUACCGCCUGGCCUCUAAGGGAGUGGACAUCAAGAAGGUGUGGUCAGACAUCAUCUCUCUGGUCAUCAAGACGGUCAUCGCCCUGGUCCCUGAGCUCAAGGUCUACUACCAGGCCGACAUACCGUCCGGCAAACCAGGACCCACCUGUUUCCAGAUCUUGGGAUUUGACAUCCUACUGAUGAAGAACCUAAAGCCAGUUUUACUGGAGGUCAACGCCAACCCCAGUAUGAGAAUAGAACACGAGCAGGAGGUGUCCCCGGGGGUGUUUGAAUACGUCACCAGCCCAGUAGAUGAGGAGGUGAAGGUGGGAGUCAUUAGAGACACACUACGUCUCAUGGACCCCGCUCAAAAGAAAUCACCAACGUCCUACCCAGAGCACCAGCAGGAGGAGAUGUUGGGGUCACCAGUGAGGGGGCCUGGGGAGGAGGGGCGUGUCCUGCCCUCUAUGUGUCUGAAGCAGGUGUUCCCUAAGUACACCAAGCAAUUCAGCUACCUGCGGACCGUGGAGCGCAUCACUGCCCUCUUCCUGCGCUUCCUUGGGGUCAAGGGCAACAUGCGCCUGGGGCCCACUGGCUUCAGAACCUUCAUCAGGAACUGUAAACUGAGCAACAGUCACUUCUCCAUGGCGACUGUGGAUAUCCUCUACAUUGACAUCACACGACGCUGGGCCGGCAUGCUGCCUGACUCCAGAGAAGCAGGGAUGGGUCUGCAGGCAUUUGUGGAGGCCUUCUUCUACCUGGCCCAGCGCAGGUUUAAGUCUCUUCCCCUGAGGGAGCAGGUGGUGUCCCUGCUGGAGGUGUGUGAGGCUCAGCUGGACAACCAGGGAAAAGGGGAUCUUGGAGGAGCUCUACCCGAGGACAGCACCUCUUCCACCAGGCGCUCUGUAAGCUGCAGCAGGACCCAGCCAGGCAGGUCUCACCACCCCCACCAUACGUCGACCUCCACCCCAGGCCAGGCCCUGUCGGCCCCCCAGCUCUGCUCCCCGGCCACCCCGCGCAGGGCCUCGUCCCAAGAUUACAGGCUGCAUCAGAGACUACGGCCCACACACAAGGGCAAUGUAGAGAACUGACCUUACUAGAGGCUAAGGAGCUAUACUCCUACACACUCCUAACAGAGGAACACAAAGACUGGCUCAAAUUCCCCCAGGGGGUCCUGUCGAGAGAAGAGACACAGAUUGUUGGGAGCUGACCUCAGAGGCUCACCUCCAUGAGGCCUGUUCUGUAAUUCAUAAAUUUUACUUAAGAAGAGGAGGGAGUCCACAGGGGGGUUGAGGAAGUGGGAGAACAAGGGAUGGAGGUAUGGAGGGAGUGUAUUUCCUCCGGUUGGAGUGUGUGUGUGUGUGUCAAGACAGGCCACUCAGGUCCAGAGGGGGAGAUGGAUGGUUGUAAGGCCCUGCUUGAGAUGCACUUAUUGAUUAAUAACUUCAGGGUAGGUUGUGUCUCGUUUAAGCCCUGUCGAGCAACCCACUGGGCAAUCACACACACACACACACACACAAACACACACACACACACACGCUCUCUCUUCAGGGAAAUCUGUACACAUACUGCAGUUUUACACACAGUGUAUGUUGCGUGUAUGGAUCUGAGCAUUUGCACGAUAGCUUUAGAACCUAUAACAUUUGCACAGAUGUGAGUGUAUGUGCACGUGUGUGUGUGUGUGUGUGCGUUUGCAUGCAUGUGUGUGUUUGUGUAUUUGAGAUAACGGCCAUAUAAUGGCCAGUGGUACUGCCAUUCGGCUGUUCCUGCUCACAGAACCAAUCAGUGAUGAGAUGUCUCAUCAUUGUACCAAAGGGAAAAAGCCAUCCUCCCAGACAGUUCUGCCCAAUCACAAAUCAUCCCUUAGCCCAACAGUACCCCCUAUGCACUGAAGGAGAUCUGAGAAGAUUGGAUGGUAUAUAAGCAAUAUGGAAACAAACUCCACCCAGCCUAUCUGAAGACAAAAGUGAAGUAAAUAGUUAGUAAUUCAUUAAUAGCCAAUACCUAUCAUAUCCUCUCAGAUCUCCACAAGUGCGUAGGUUGUAGGGGCUAUGGUUUGAUUUAGGACUGGGCAUUUCAUAACAGCAGCUACUCCAAUAACAUAGCAGCCUUAGACAAACAGCAGUGAGAGAGAGAGAGAUGGUUACUCAAAAUGGCUGCCACAUACCCAAUAUGAGCACAUCUCCUUUGCUUUGACACCCUAUACCCUUCAUAGUACACUACAUGGGGAAUAGGGAGUUAUUUGAGACAGAACCAGGGCUGUACCAGGAGAAUUCUGUCAUUCAACACUGCUUGUUUACAAAUACUGUGUCAUCCGUAUCCAUAGGAAUGUUUUAAUUGUAUUUGAUUUUGUUGUUCAUUUUUCUCCACAUAAUUUAUUCACGUCAGUGUCACCUAUAGACAGUUGCUGCUUGCAGGAGAAUGAAACUAAACACUAAAGCUAUCAUCUUGGUUCCUUCAGUACCAUAUGGGCUGUUGUUUGUUCACAAGACCAUAACUACUGUAAUGUAUGUUCUUAAUUAAGACUAUAGACGUUUGCUCCAUCAUCUAAUACUGUACUUCACCACAGCAUCUGAGAAUAUAGAUACUCAACCAUAACCUCCAUUGGGAUGUACUGUAAGUCUGUUCAUAGCACUGCAAUACAGAAUAAAGGACUGCAUUUAAACCAGU